UCAUUUAAUAGUCACAGCAAAGAGGCGGGAUCAAUACAAGUGUGUUUUACAUGAGCUUUGCUGCAGUCGUAGUGGAAUCCAGUUUAUCGAAAUGGCGGAGACGGCAGACGGAAUGGAGGUGUCCCAGGGAGAGAGCUCAGUGAAACCUGCAGCAGAAGAUAUGACCUCCAAAGACUACUACUUUGAUUCCUAUGCACACUUUGGCAUUCAUGAGGAGAUGCUGAAGGAUGAAGUUCGUACUCUGACGUACAGAAACUCCAUGUUCCACAACAAGCAUCUCUUCAAGGAUAAAGUGGUGCUGGAUGUGGGAAGUGGAACCGGCAUCCUCUGUAUGUUUGCAGCCAAAGCUGGGGCCAAGAAAGUUAUUGGGAUUGAGUGCAGCAGUAUAUCAGACUAUGCUGUGAAGAUUGUGAAGGCCAAUAAGUUGGAUCAUAUCGUUACCAUUAUUAAGGGGAAAGUGGAGGAGGUUGAGCUUCCCGUGGACAAAGUAGACAUAAUCAUCUCUGAGUGGAUGGGAUACUGUCUCUUCUAUGAAUCCAUGCUCAACACUGUCAUUUAUGCAAGAGACAAAUGGCUGAAACCUGAUGGUCUGAUUUUCCCUGACAGAGCCACGCUCUACGUCACUGCUAUUGAGGACCGACAGUACAAGGACUACAAAAUUCACUGGUGGGAGAAUGUUUAUGGAUUUGACAUGUCCUGUAUCAAGGAAGUGGCUAUUAAGGAACCUCUAGUGGAUGUUGUUGACCCCAAGCAGCUCGUGAGCACUGCCUGCCUCAUUAAGGAGGUGGACAUCUACACAGUGAAGAUUGAGGACUUGUCCUUCACAUCACCUUUCUGCCUGCAGGUUAAAAGGAAUGACUACAUCCAUGCACUGGUAACCUACUUCAACAUAGAGUUCACUCGCUGCCACAAGAGGACUGGCUUCUCUACUAGCCCUGAGUCUCCUUACACUCACUGGAAGCAGACUGUGUUCUACCUUGAUGACUAUCUGACGGUAAAGACUGGAGAGGAAAUCUUUGGCACCAUCAGCAUGAAACCUAACAUCAAGAAUAACAGAGACCUGGACUUUAACGUUGACCUCGACUUCAAGGGUCAGCUCUGUGAGGUGUCCAAGACGUCAGAGUACAGAAUGCGCUAGAUUCCUUUAGCAUCAGUGUGUGCGAGGCAUUUCAGAGCAGUGUAUGCGUGUGUGAAACAUGUACUUUGUUACAUGACUGUGCGUGACAGACAUUUUUAGAGAUUCUGUUUUACAGAAUGUUGCCUGACAUGGAGGAUUUUGAGAGUUAUUGAACAUUUUUAAAUUAACUUUUUUUUUUCUUUUUUUUGAUUUGUGUAAUGCACCAAAGGGGACUAAACAUGGCAGAUUUGUGCUUUUUUCCAUGUGCAAAUUUCCUUUUUGGGUGUGCUUUUUCCAAAU